GAGUCGAGGCCCCACACGAUGCCAUCAAGUUUGGAACAUGCGUGAAGGGCAACGCAUUUUUAUUACCACCAACAAUCUAGGGCAACCUGUUAAUGAAAAUGCUAGCAAGCUGACAAACUUUUUGGGGACAAUAGCAUGUAAUGGGGAUUACGCACCCCUCACAUAUUCUAAUUGGAGGGUAGUGACAAACGAGAAGAAGGAUGAUAUGUACGAACUUGUCAUGUCCAAGUUUCAGUUUGACAAAGAGAUUAAAUCUUGGGUGUUGAUGUCGAUUGGAAAAAAAUGGAGGGAUUGGAAGUGCGAACUGAAGAAAUUCCACUACUCGCCUCAUGAUAAUGAUGAGGCGCGGCUAGCAGACCUCAAUGAGCAUGUCCAAAUGGAUCAGUGGAAGGCCCUCAUUGAGUUUUGGAACUCUGAAGAGGGAAAGGUCCAUAAUAAGAUAAAUACGGAAAAUCGGAGAAAACAACGCAUUAGCCACACUGCAGGCACGAAGAGCUUUACGCGAAUACGUGAAGAAGAGAGAAACAAGAGGGCCAAUGGGGAGGAUUUGACCCGAGUAGAUAUGUUCUUGUUGACACAUAGACGCAAGAAUGGGAUGCCUGUGGAUGAGGCCUCAGCAAGAGCAAUGGAACAAUUAAAUGAACGAACUUCGCAGCAGCCAGAGGCUUCACAUAAUAGCACUGCGAGGAAAGAUAUAUUCUCAGAAGUCAUGGGUGACGAACGACAUGGCCGUGUUCGCACUUAUGAGUUAGGUCCCUCUCCUUCUGAUAUAUGGGGCACAACAUCCCACAGUGUCCAGUCCCAAGGGAUGACCUCCAAUGCUCAGAAGAUAGAUGAACAAUAUGAGGAAUUGCAUGCUGAAAUAUCUUCACUAAGAGAAACUAUGGCUGAUAGAGAUGCUCAAAUAUCUUCACUAAGAGAAACUAUGACAACAUUGAUGGCUACCAUAACGAAUCCAAGCAUUAAUCUAGCUACAUUAUUAGGUGUUGCAGCUAAUCCUAGCUUGAACCAACCCUCCUCAUCAUCAAGCCACUUGGUUCCAACCCCUUAG